AUGACCGGUGACCGCAGCUGCCCCCAGGGUCCUCUCCCCGCUCUCCCACCUGCUCUACCCCAGCCGCUUCCUGCUGGCCUAGCUGGACGAAGGGAUUUGCUUCCUUCUCAGAGUCUGGGUCCCGGAGACGCGCGCUCCCUGGAUAACUGCACCGUAGAACACCCGCGGUGGCUCUGCCUGGCUCGCCUGCGGCAGCAACUUCAUCCUUCCGCGGCCUUCCAGGGGAGGACCAGCAAGCGUCCCUGCUGGGGAACAGCGCACGGCUGGCCCGGGGCCACCUCCAAGGACCCCGCCGCGCCCACAGAGUUCUCCGUGGCGGAACCCGCCGGCCAGGCCACCCUGGCUGUGACGGGCAGACUACGACUCCCACGGCCCUCCGCGCGGGGGGCGGGGGAGGAACCGGAAGCCGGGCGGGACCUGGGCCAGGUGAGCGAGUGGGGGCCGCGGCCCGGGGUCGGUGGCGCGCAGGGCGCGCGGUCCCCGGGCGGGGCUGAUGCGAAGCCGGCGUCCGUGUUCGAGACGUCCCUUCUGCCCGGGGCACCCAGGGCCGACCCCGCGGCACCGCCCGGAGGCGGCGGGCACGAGGCCUCCCCGACGGGCCGAGAAGUGUUGGGGGCCUUGGCCGCCUGCCCCUGGGGACCGAGAGUGAGGAACUGCCCUGGAGGCCGCGCGCGGUUAGUUCACGGAGUUGCUGAAGGUCGUGGAGGGCCCCUGGAGUGUCCCCCAGGGGAAGGGGUGGCUGACAUGGCCGAGCCCCCUGCUUCCCCGCCGCAGCCCCUGCACGGGCCUUCCGGCGCGGGGGUGGCGCCCCAGCCCUGCCCGCCGAGCUUGGCCGAGGGCUUCCUGGAGGAGGAGCGCCGCCUCAACGCCGAGCUGAAGCAGCUGCAGUUCUCGGAGCCCGUGGGCGUCACCUACAACCCCGUGGAGUACGCGUGGGCGCCUCACCACACCUACGUGACCCGCUACUGCCAGGGCCCCAAGGAGGUGCUCUUCCUGGGCAUGAACCCUGGGCCCUUUGGCAUGGCCCAGACUGGGGUGGGGCUGGAGCUCACGCUGUCAUGA